GAGGAGGAGGAGGAGGCGGCCGGAGGAAGAGGAGGCGGCGCUGCUGCUGCUGCUGUCGCUGCCGGCGGCUAUGUAGGGGCCCCGGUGCGGGCGGAUCCGGAGGCCGCUGCCCGCCUCUGGAGCGCGGCGCCGGGGCCGGGCCCGGCGGGAUGUUCUCCAAGAAGCCGCACGGGGACGUGCGGAAAUCCACGCAGAAGGUGCUGGACACCCGCAAGGACCCGCUCACCCGCCUCAAGCACCUGCGCGUCCUCAUCGACAAUGCGGAAUCAAUUGAUCUCAAACAGUUUUUCGACGUACAUUUCUCACAUAUAUAUUAUGUGUUCUUUGAAAACUUUGUGACUAUUGAAGUAGGUCUUAAACAAAAAGGUCACAAGUCUCAGAGAGAAGAAUUAGAUUCUAUUCUUUUUAUUUUUGAGAAAAUUUUGCAACUCCUUCCAGAAAGGAUUCAUCAGAGAUGGCAAUUUCACAGUAUUGGGUUGAUUUUAAAGAAGCUUCUUCAUACUGGAAAUUCAUUAAAGAUACGUCGAGAGGGCGUACGUCUCUUUCUACUGUGGCUGCAAGCACUUCAAAACAACUGUAGUAGAGAACAAUUAUGGAUGUUUUCUUGCUUAAUUCCUGGAUUUUCAUCACCACAAUCUGAAUAUGGUCCCCGAACACUAGAUAAUCUUAUUAACCCUCCUCUUAAUGUUCAAGAAACUCAAGUGACUAUAGAGGAAAUCACUCCACUUGUUCCUCCACAAUCAGGCGAUAAAGGACAAGAAGAUUUAACAAGCUAUUUCUUAGAAGCGCUUUUGAAAUACAUUGUAAUUCAGGUUAAGAGUUUAGAAUGGAAGAACAAGGAAAACCAGGAAAAGGGAUUUUCAUUUUUGUUCUCAAAUUUUAAGAAAUACUACUUGCCUUCUAUUUUCCCAAACAUCUGUAAGGAGACCAGCUUAUAUAACCCUAUACUUGAUAUACCACAGAUGAGACCAAAGCCACACUACGCAAUGGUUAAGAAAGAUGCUGAAACCAAUGAGGCAAUAUAUUGCACAAAGGAACCUUUUAUUAAGGCUCGUGUUAUUGUCAUUCGGUGGUUGGUGUCUUUCUGGCUUGAGCCAAAACCUCAUGCAGGACCUCAUAUUCCUGGGAUGGAAGGUGAAAAUGUGCCAAAGAAUAUACAGAGAGCAGCUGCUAGCAUGGCUUCAAGGGAAGACAGCAAAAAUGACAGCACUGAUAAGCAGGACAGAAAUGCAGAGCCAGAACAAUCUCAUUCUAAUACAAGCACUCUAACAGAGAGAGAACCGAGUUCUUCAAGCCUCUGCAGUAUUGAUGAAGAACAUUUAACUGAUAUUGAAAUUGUCCGCAAAGUCUUUUCUUCUAAAAGAAGUAAUGUUAAUUUUCUAACUGAGAUUUUUCGACAGGCAUUUCUGUUGCCAAUAUGUGAAGCCGCUGCCAUGAGGAAAGUGGUAAAGGUUUAUCAGGAAUGGAUUCAGCAAGAAGAUAAGCCAUUAUUUAUGAAAGAACCUGAAGAAAUAAUGCAGUGUACAGCUGUAGAUUGCGAUGAAAAUGUUGUAGACCAUAAUUCAUCUGAGAAGGCAAAAGAAAGAGAAGAGGAAAAAGGUAUGAACUCCAGUCAUGUUAGAAAUUCAAACUGGGCAAGAAAUGGCUGUUACCAAGACACUUUGCAUAAACUGUCCGAAAUUGAUACUGAAGAGCAAAAUGUACGAGCUGGAGUGCAGUCAGUAUUGCAGGUUUUUAUUAUAAAUUCUUCAAACAUAUUCUUUCUUGAACCAGCAAAUGAAAUUAAAACUCUGCUGGAUGAACACACUGAUAUGUGUAAACGCAUUCUUAAUAUCUACCGCCACAUGGUAGUCCAAGUGACUAUGGACAAGAAGACUUGGGAACAGAUGCUACUCGUGCUGCUCAGGGUUACUGAAUCUGUGCUGAAAAUACCACCCCAAACUUUCUUGCAGUAUCAAGGAAGAAAAAACUCCACCUUAGCAGGAAGGCUUGCAGGACCUCUUUUCCAGACACUUAUAGUAGCUUGGAUCAAAGCAAAUCUAAAUGUGUACAUCUCUCGAGAACUUUGGGAUGACUUGCUGUCUGUAAUGUCAUCGCUGACAUACUGGGAAGAGCUGGCCACUGAGUGGUCAUUGACAAUGGAGACACUAACUAAAGUAUUAGCUAGAAACCUCUAUAGCCUGGACCUCAGUGACCUGCCAUUGGAUAAAUUAAGUGAGCAGAAGCAGAAAAAACACAAAGGCAAAGGAGUUGGGCAUGAAUUCCCCAAAUCUUCUGUUGAUAAGUCCUUUUCUAGAGGCUGGAGCCGUGAUCAGCCUGGACAGGCACCAAUGAGACAACGCAGUGCUACAACCACUGGAUCUCCAGGAACAGAAAAAGCAAGAAGCAUAGUACGGCAGAAAACAGUUGCCAUGAGAAGCCGAUCCAUUGGUGAAUGUGCUCUGCCAUCGGCCUAUAUACGCAGUGCUAAAAGUGCUCCUGUUCUGAUCCAUACUUCCAAACCCUUCUUGCCUGAUAUUGUUCUCACUCCCCUUUCUGAUGAGCUUUCAGACAUUGAUGAUGCUCAAAUUCUUCCACGUCCACCUCGAGUCAGACAUUUUUCACAGAGUGAGGAUGCUCCAAGUGAAGUUUUUGGUGCAUUAAAUGAGGAACAGCCGCUGCCACGAAGUAGCAGCACCUCUGACAUCCUGGAACCAUUCGCAGUUGAACGAGCCAAAGGUGCAGUUCCUGUCAUUGACAGUUCAUCCCAUCACGCUCCAAGCUUACAGAGUUCCACUGAGACCUCUUCAAUGCAUAGAUCCACUGAAAGCCAUAUUACUGAUACAAAUAGCAGAGAGUCCUCCUUGGAAGUUGGGGAUAGUAUUUAUGACCAUCUUUGUCAUUUAAUAGGGCCGGUAGAAUUUGCAAACACAACCUUUGAACAAAGCCAAUAUGUUGACCUUGAAGGUGAAGAUGAUCUUCUUUCCUCUCUGAGAGAAUAUCUUAAAGAAAAAGAAGAACUUUGCGGUAACUUUGAGAUAGAUAAAUGUGAGGCUUCUGCUCACGAAGGUGAUACAUCAGUAAAUAGGAAUGAUAGAUUACCACUGGAUGGAUUAGAAAAUAGUGAUCAGACUGCUCAAUGCACGAAUAGCAUCACUGUUACAGAAAGAGCUGAUAACACAGAGCUGCACCUAGAACAAAACCAAAGUGGCUUUAUAAGUAAUAUUGCACCUACUCAAGUAGACAUUUUUGCAAGAAAUGAAGUGCUCGAUAAAGCCAGACAGUUGAAUAUUGAUAAACAAUAUGAAAACCUGUUUGAUCAUGGGUCAAGUAGUCCUAGCAGCAAAGAAGGGAAGAGAUAUCUGUACAGGCAAGCAGCCACUGAAGCUGAUGUAGAUUCAGCUGUGGAAGCAGCAUUAGCUGAAAAGCAUAGAAGUACCCAAUUUAAUGAAAAAAUAACCAACUCACGUGUUAUGCAUGCAAAGAAAAUUCUUCCUAAAGCACAAGUUAACCCUCAAAUGCCUCACAUCACAGGUACAAGCAAACUGUCACCAACUAAACGGAGUAUAUCUGAAACAGUAACUCAUAGGGCCAAAAUCAUGAAAAUAACAACUAAAAAAAGAAAUAGUGUUCAUGUAACUUUUAGACCAUCUACAGAAUCAGUUCAAUUUUACAACCCUCUUGAGAACAAAGAGGCUGCUUGGAAAGCACGACUUCGUAAACUCAGUGGCUUCAGUAGUGGUGGUAGUGGUAGCAGCAACAGCGGUACCAGUACAAGCACCAGCUCAUCAGCUGUCAUGGAGCUGGUUAGACCCGGAAUAUAUAGACCUCUAGAUGCAAUCAAUGCUGCUUCAGUUGGUAGCAAGCAAAUUAAGGAAACUCCAGAAACUCAAGCAGCCGUGCUGCAAAAAGAAGGUAUUGCAGUUAACCAGUUCCAUAGCCGUAGUGCAUUUAGGUCGUCAGGUCAGGAGUCAGCACAACAGCAGGGUUCCCUGGGUGGUGUUUAUAAAACUGUUGUACAUGCUCUUUCGAAGCCGAAGGCAAAUGUUUCCCCACAGAGGCAGAACAGAGUGCCAGCAGAGGCUCCACUGAGGGAUCUGUACAGUCAUGUAAUGGGCUAUUUUGGAAGGAAAGCUGCAGCUAAUAGAGAGGACAUGAGUCAAAAGCUGCACCCUAUUGAUAGUGAUAUUGGCAGCAGCAAUACAAAUGUUCCUGACCUCAUGGAUGAAUUUAUAGCUGAGAGACUCCGCAGUGGUAGUGCACUGAAUGUGACAAGACGAGGAAGCAGUCCUGGCAGCCUGGAAGUUCCAAAAGACCUUCCUGAUGUAUUGAACAAACAGAACCAAAUGCGUCCUAUAGACGACCCAGGCGUGCCAUCCGAAUGGACAUCGCCUGCUAGUGCAGGCAGCAGUGACCUCAUCAGUUCAGAUAGCCACUCUGACUCGUUCAGUGCUUUUCAGUAUGAUGGCCGCAAAUUUGAAAGUACGCUUACAGCGACUAAGCAGAAUACAGGACAUGCAAUAGGAAUGUCUUCUCCAGAAGUUCAGUCACAGUUUUGUGACAGAAAUGAGAAUGUCCAUAAUAGCCAAUUACUUUCUGCUUUUACAUCUUAUGUAAAUUGUGCAACAGUGUGUUGGAAGCAUAGGAGAUGUACAUACAAGUUUUACAUGGAAGAUUUUGGAGAUUUCAGCUUUGGCACCGAGGCAGGGACGCCAGCUUCCACUGAUGUUGAUGCAAUUUCAGGACAACAACAGAGUGCUGAGGAGCAAGAAGUAGCCAGUCUAACUACACUCCACAUAGAUUCGGAAACAAGUAGUCUCAAUCAGCAACCAUUGUCUGCUGAAGCUGCAACUAUUACUGGCUCUGAAAGUGCUUCUCCAAUCCAAUCUGCUCUUGGAUCCCGAUCACAGACACCCUCUCCUGCCACUCUUCAUGCAGAUCAUAUUGAGCAGAAGGAUCUGCAGCUGGAUGAGAAGCUCCACCACUCUGUUUUACAGACGCCAGAUGACCUAGAAACUAGUGAAUUUCCCUCAGAAUGUUGCAGUGUGAUGGCUGGGGGAACACUUACAGGAUGGCAUGCAGAUGUUGCUACUGUGAUGUGGAGGCGGAUGCUAGGAAUUUUGGGGGAUGUCAAUAGCAUCAUGGAUCCAGAAAUUCAUGCCCAGGUUUUUGAUUACCUCUGUGAACUGUGGCAGAAUCUGGCCAAGAUCAGAGACAAUCUUGGUAUUUCAACAGAUAAUCUAACUUCACCAUCUCCACCAGUUUUAAUUCCACCACUAAGAAUUCUAACACCUUGGCUGUUCAAGGCAACAAUGCUGACUGAUAAAUACAAACAAGGCAAGCUACAUGCUUAUAAGCUCAUUUGUAAGACAAUGAAGCGAAGACAAGAUGUAUCUCCAAACAAGGAUUUUUUAACUCAUUUCUACAAUAUAAUGCACUGUGGACUUCUUCAUGUUGAUCAGGAUAUUGUCAAUACAAUCAUCAAGCACUGCUCUCCUCAGUUCUUUUCACUUGGUUUGCCUGGUGCCACCAUGCUUAUUAUGGAUUUCAUUGUGGCAGCAGGAAGAGUGGCAGCCUCUUCUUUUCUCAAUGCACCAAGAGUUGAAGCACAAGUUCUUUUAGGAUCUCUUGUCUGUUUUCCCAAUUUAUAUCACGAACUACCAGCUCUUCACCCAAACAUUCCGGACAUUGCUGUGUCUCAGUUUACAGAUGUUAAGGAGCUCAUAAUUAAAACUGUGUUAAGCUCAGCAAGAGAGGAACCGUCUGGUCCUGCACGAUGUGUUGCUCUUUGCAGUCUUGGUAUUUGGAUCUGUGAGGAGCUAGUUCAUGAAUCCCAUCAUCCUCAGAUUAAGGAAGCAUUGAAUGUGAUUUGUGUUUCUUUAAAGUUUCCCAAUAAAACAGUAGCCCAAGUUGCCUGCAGUAUGCUGAACAUGCUGAUACAUUAUGUGCAUAGACUUCAAGUGUAUCAAGCUGAUUCACCUUUAAGAAUUAUUCAAAUUCUGAUAGCAACUAUUACUCAUCUGUUACCCAGUACAGAAGCUUCCUCAUAUGAACAGGACAAGAGGUUGGUGGUUUCUUUACUUCUGUGCCUGUUGGAUUGGAUAAUGGCCUUGCCAUUAAAGACCUUGCUGCAGCCACUUCACUCUACAGGAGCAGAAAAUGAUAAGACUGAGAGAUCUGUUCUUAAUUGUAUCUAUAAGGUUCUUCAUGGAUGUGUCUAUGGUUCUCAGUGUUUUAGCAACCCCAAAUAUUUUCCUCUAAGUCUUUCUGAUUUGGCAUGUGUGGACUACGAUCCUUUUAUGCAUUUAGAAAGCUUGAAGGAACCAGAACCACUGCAUUCUCCAGACUCUGAGCGUUCUUCUAAACUUCAGCCAGUCACUGAAGUGAAAACCCACAUGCAACAAGGAUUAAUUUCUGUUGCUGCUCGUACUGUGAUAACACAUCUAGUGAACCACUUAGGCCACUAUCCUAUGAGCGGAGGUCCUGCUAUGCUAACUAGCCAAGUGUGUGAAAACAAUGACAAUCCAUACAGUGAAAGUCCUGAACUUUCUCCUGAACUUUUUGAGAACCCAAACCUUCAGUUCUUUGUGUUAAACAACACUUCCUUGGUGUCUUGCAUACAAAUCCAAGCGGAAGACGACAUGCCUGGCGGAGGACUAUCUGCUGGACUUGCAUCUGCAAAUUCAAAUGUCAGAAUUAUAGUGCGUGACCUGUCUGGCAAAUACUCGUGGGAUUCGGCCAUUUUGUAUGGACCAUCAUCUUUAUGUGCAUCAUCACAACAGACAUCUUUUGCACUUUCACUGUCUCAACAAGACAAAACAGAAGAUGCUCUUUCAUCUUUUGAACAUGUGGAGGAUAUAUCUUCAAGGGAUGGGAUUACACUCCAAGUAAAAAGGAAAUUUAGAGACACUGUACCGACAUGGGAUACAAUUAGGGAUGAAGAAGAUGCCCUUGAUGAGCUCUUGCAGUAUUUAGGUGUUACAAGCCCUGAGUGCUUACAGAGAACUGGUGUCUCACUCAACAUUCCUGCUCCUCAGCCAGUCUGCAUCUCAGAGAAGCAGGAGAAUGAUGUCAUCAAUGCAAUUCUGAAACAGCACACAGAAGAGAAAGAGUUUGUUGAAAAACAUUUCAAUGAUUUAAAUAUGAGGGCUAUGGAGCAGGACGAGCCAACCUCACAAAAGCCCCAGUCAGCAUUUUACUACUGCAGGCUACUUCUCAGUAUAUUGGGAAUGAAUUCUUGGGAUAAAAGAAGGAGCUUUCAUCUCUUGAAGAAAAAUGAGAAGUUACUUCGAGAACUCAGAAAUUUGGAUUCAAGACAAUGCCGAGAGACCCACAAGAUUGCAGUGUUUUAUGUUGCUGAAGGACAAGAAGAUAAACACUCCAUUCUUACUAAUACUGGGGGAAGUCAAGCCUAUGAGGAUUUUGUAGCUGGUCUUGGCUGGGAGGUGAAUCUCACAAACCAUUGUGGCUUUAUGGGAGGACUGCAAAAAAACAAAAGCACUGGAUUGACCACUCCAUAUUUUGCUACCUCGACAGUAGAAGUAAUGUUUCAUGUGUCAACAAGAAUGCCUUCUGAUUCAGAUGACUCUCUAACAAAAAAGCUAAGACAUUUAGGAAACGAUGAAGUACACAUUGUCUGGUCAGAGCAUACUCGGGAUUAUAGAAGAGGAAUAAUUCCAACAGAAUUUGGUGAUGUUCUUAUAGUUAUCUAUCCCAUGAAAAACCAUAUGUUCAGUAUCCAGAUCAUGAAAAAGCCUGAGGUUCCAUUUUUUGGUCCACUCUUUGAUGGUGCUAUUGUGAAUGGAAAAAUUCUUCCUAUUAUGGUUCGCGCAACAGCUAUAAAUGCAAGCCGUGCAUUGAAAUCAUUAAUCCCAUUAUACCAAAACUUUUAUGAGGAGAGAGCACGCUACCUGCAAACAAUUGUCCAGCAUCACCUAGAACCUACAACUUUUGAGGAUUUUGCUGCGCAGGUUUUCUGUCCAGCACCUUACCACCAUUUGCCCUCGGACACAGAUCAUUAAAUAUCAGUUCUGUUUAUCUGAAGCAUGAACAAGUAGUACUGGAUGGCAGUGGUGUGUUUUGUACCCUGUACUGUCUUUCAUUGAUGUUGUAAGACAUUCUGAAGUGAUAACGUAGGAGAGAAGGAGAAGAAGAAUGUGUAACACUUGAAAUUCUUUGUUCAGAAAACUUUAUUUAAUGUCAAAUAAAUCAAAGUGCUACUGUGAAAAAGCUGUAAAUCUAAAUAAAAUAAAUUUUGUAAGAAUUAAUUCGGUAAGUCAUUAUCUCAAAAUUUGUUUCUUAAUUGCAAAAAUAUGCAGAAAUAAUUUUUAAAAUUAUGAAAGUGUUCUGAUUAGGACUGCAGAAAGAGUGACUGAGAGAUGUUAAAACACUGAGAUUGCUUUGUGUGAAGGUAUAAACUGUAAGUGGAAAUGAGGCGCAGUUUUAAAGUGUAAGUGUAUAGCUGUGCCAGUUCUAAUCAUCAAAACCAAAGGGAAAACAAAUUAAAAGGCAGUGAUUUAAAACUAAUUAAAUCAGUACAAAAAUAGUAAUUUAAUUUAAUGUAUGAAAACGUUUGAAUAGGAGAAAUCUGUAACUAGAAACAUUGGAAGCAAUAAGCAGGGGUACCAGUCCUUACCAUUUUUCCUCCCUAAAGCGCUCAGCAAGCAUUCAGCAUCAGACACUUCCGUAUCACUAGUAUAGAUCCUAUAUUCUAGUGCACUCUUAUCAGUUCUGCCUGAUCACUUUUGGAAAUCUCAUUCCAGGCUAAAUCAUUCUCUGUUCACCUAGCUCCUUCUUUUGGGGUGAAGCAGAGCUGCUUUUCUCCCUUGCACCAAGCUAGUACAGAACAGGGACAAUUCCUAUAUUCCCUUAAAAAUUGUCCAAGUCAUACUUGCUUUCUCUAACUUGAUCUAGAAAAAAAAAAAUCUUACUGAAAAGCUUGAUUUUAGUCUUAAGCUUUCUCUCACAGGUACUAAUUUUCUGCAGGAAUCUCAUUAAUAGGAACUUGUGAUGUAUUUCACACUUGAGUGUAUGCACAUGUGUUUACAUAGCAGAGAACGUCACCUCCUACCCUAAGGGACAUCCUCUUCUGAACUUUGUGGAGAGUGGUGGAGCUGCCCAACACAUCCAUGCCAGGAGCAGCCAGGAUCUCCCUAGGACAUAGAUGCAGCACACUGUGACCCAGCAUCCAAGAGCCUUUCCCCAGAGCUCUCUGACUGGGUUGUUGUUGCAGAUGGGGAUACCAGGAACGCCCCCCUCAGGGCUGACCUAUACUGGGUCCAGGGCUUCAGGUGUUCUGGUGCUCAGCUCCAGGACAGUGCCUGGAGUAGCACCGCACCUUCUGCCUCCAAGCUGACUCAGGAGAGCACAGACUCUAAAGCCUGAAGCAGGUGUAGGUUAGUACUGCGGUCAUCUGCCAAAAUGGCUUCCCCAGGGCUCGGUUAGUGGGCAAACCACUGGUGUCCAGUUCUCGUGAAGGCAGACCUGUGAGCAGGGUGCCUGCAGAUGGCCCUGAACUUUGAAGGACCGUGAUCCCAGAAAAGAAUCCACCUGAUGUACUACUAAAAUACUUAUUACCCCUAUGUUACCAGACAUGCAUCAGACAGCUGUAUUGAAAGAUAGGUACGGAGGUCUUGCUGGUGCCAGGAUUACACAUAGGAUCGGCACUGGAAUCCUGCCUGGGUAUCUACACGCAUUCAUCACCCCUAAGAUGACUCAAAACCUUGCAGGCUACCUGCAAGACAUCUCUGUGUCAUCUGAAAAUUUCUGACCAGCUUCUAAAAAUAUGUUGCAAUUACUUUUUUAUAUAGUAUUUUAUUUAUAUCUGCUUUUUAUGAAAAAAAAAAGACCACAAGCAACUAGAAAAUAUUUCCUUAUUUUAGAUUUGAUUGUUUAGUUGGAUCACGAUCUUGACACUGAUAGUUGUCAAGUAUGUUUAAUUUUUCUAAAAUACUAUAUACAAUUUCUUCUUCUAAGAUAUAUACAGAAACUGCGAAGCUACUAAAGCCCAUCAACAAGCACUGUAUUUUAUUUUUUUGGUGUGACUCUAUGGGCUGCUUUCAGCAUGCCAGAUUCUUCACUUGAACUAUGACAGUCAGCAAAUAGAGACUAUGCCAUCCAGUUACCAACUGUAUUUUCUCAGACUGGUGUAUUUUGUGAAAGCUUCAGUCCUCAGCAAAAGCUGUUUCCUUCCUUAGAGUGGCUGCUGCUUGAUACAAAGUAAUUGUGGCUGCUGCUGUUUUAUCUGGAUAUCUAGGUUGCCCUGUUAAAAUACCUGAAAAGUCCAUCUUCCCAGGUUUAGGAACUUGACUAAUGUAGUGAAAGUAUGCUUUUUUUUUUCUUCUUCUUAUUUUCUAUUUAAAAAAGAGAUAUAUCCCCGCUUAAUCACAGAAUGUAAUUCUGUUGCUGCUCCUAAUUUUACUUUGUGCUGACUCUGGUAAGUAGAGUUAACCACAAAAUAAUAUUUCCUGCUAUACAGCUAUUGAGUAAAUCAGACUUCUGUGACACCAGAGUAGGCUGAGGAAACCGUCAAUGACAAACUCAAUGAUAUUGAAGGGCUUAUUGACCCCUCGAUGCUAAGAUUCUGAGUUUGAAAUUGUACUGAUGAUUUGGUUUUGUUUUUUUCUGUCAUCUUUUUUUUCCUUUCUUGUUACUAAAAAUAGGACCUCAGUAUAGUAAACCUUGUUAAAAAGGGUCAUAGCAUUUUCCUUGUGAUGCCAGCAGACUGUUUGAUCCCUACAGUCGUCCUACAUUUUCAAGCCUGCGUUCAGACCAGUCCUGCUGCCCCACUCCCAAAGUCAGUGAGGAUGCCAGCUUACAGGCAGAGAAGUGGAGCAAUGUAGAGGUAGUGGUGCUUCAGCCUCGCACAAGAAAAUCUCAAGUUCCAUGGCCUGCAUCUUAACUCCAUCUGCUGUUUGUUUGCUGUGUAACUUGGAACAGAGAAUCUGUUCAUCUUUUUGGCCCUGUUAUCCCUUUGCAUAUUAGAUUGAUGGUGCUAAGCACCACUGGUGAUAAGCAACGCUCCUGGUGGCGAUGGUUGAACUUUGUGACCAGAAAUGCAGUUAGAAAUGUUGUUUGAAGGCUGUGUGUCUGGCAGGGCUGGGAAGAGUUUCUCAUUAUUCCUUCUCCAGUCUAAACAUAGGAAGAAAUGCUUUCAUUCCAGAUCAGAGGAAACCCACAAAACUUAAUGAAAAUUUCCAAAAAUUCCACAUUGGAUGACUGAAGCUGAAAUGUUAUGCAUUUCUGAACUGUUGCCCGUGCAUUGACCACUUGGGUUGUAGUAAGCUGCGGAUCCUCAGCACUUCAAAGUGAUAAAUCCAGUGAGGACUGAUGGACACCCAAAGAGAUCAACUUUAUUCAUUUCCACUGAAAAGCAAGGAAUAUGACUGUCCAAUU